AUGCGGCCUUUCGUUGCCAUCCAGGCAAUCGUCUUGUUCAGCAUCCUGGGGCUACUUUAUCGCUACUAUGGCCACCGUUCUCACCUACCUGCCGUCACCGAGGCACACCCGGUGACGGCGAUCGCCAUUCCCCAGACCGUCCAUCAGCUUCUCCUGUCGAUGCCCGACCAUCCCAUCUCGCACUUUGAACCCAGUGAUCACGUGAUCUCAUGGCAGCAAUCCGGCUGGAAAGUCGAGUACUGGAGUGAGGAGGCCUGCCUCGAGCUGGCACGCGAGGUGGACGCGUCGGGAACCUUUGCGGCCGCAUUUGAGACGCUUCCCUAUGCGGUGCUCAAGUCGGACUUUUGUCGCUAUCUGGUCCUGUUUGGGCGAGGAGGAGUCUACAGCGACCUUGACGUCCACCUCGUCCAGCCGCUACCAUGGACCGUUAUGGGUUCUGAAGACCAGCAUCAUAGUCCCCCGAAUGUGAUUAUUGGACUGGAAGGAGACGCGACCACAAAAGGUCUGCCUCGCUCGCCGCAAUUCGUCCAGUGGACGAUGGCGUCGACUGCUUUGCACCCCAUGUUCCGGGAUCUACUCACUCGUAUUGCGGAGAGGACGCCGAGCUUUGUGAAACAGGUGCACGCCUUGGAGGGGGAUGCUGAGGUCAAUGUUAUGGACUGGACAGGGCCGAGUGUAUGGACCGAUACUAUCCUCGACUACUUGGGCUGCUCGGAGGAGCAGGUACAAAAUCUCCGGGACUUGAAAGAUCCUGUGAGAAUUCGAGACGUGAUGAUCCUUCCCAAAAGGUCUUUUGCGAUAACACAGGGGGAAGAUCACACUUCACCCGAUGUGCUGGUGAAGCACUAUUUUAGUGGCACAUGGAAGGGUUGCAAGAACCAUUGGCAUGGGUGGAUUCUACCAUGGCUUUGUUAG